CCUCCUCGUGCAGCUCAUUUCACACAGACUCCUACAAUUUUACAAUUCCAGCACAGGAAUGUAAAAUUUGUUUUGUUUGUUUAUCUAAAAGUUACGGUUUUAAGAGCUGAGGUCUUACACAACUUGUGGUUUCUUUAUCUCAGGGUUACAAACACGGCACACGGUUCUGUGUUCAUCACACACACCUCACGUUACUGCUACAGUAUAUUCUGUUUAUAGCUGUGAUUUAUUACGGUGUCCUUCUGUUUCCUGGCCAUUACCACGAUCUGUUUUUCUAGUUUCUGUAUCAGUUCCUUGCUGCCUCUCCAGGCUGCAGCUUUGCUUCCAGCCCUGUCACACCCAACACUCACUCCAGCCUCUCUUAUCUCCCCAUCCUCCAGGCCAGACCCCAUUUUGCAGAAGUGGCAGCACUUACAUUCAAACCUUCCUUUCUUAUCUCCUUGGCCCACUCAGGCCUCCAGCCCUGUUUUGCAGAAGUGGUUACAUUUGUAAGAGGCACUCACAUUCAAUUCUUUCGCUAUCUUACACCUUAAUUCUGUCCAGCCCGCCCUAUCCUAAGCGAGGCGUGUGUUUCAAGGAGAUCUUUCAUUUAUUCUCUUCUCAGCCUCCAGCCGCUGGAAAUGCCCGGCAGCAGCAAUUCCCUGCUGGAAUUCCGGCUCCCGGCUGGAAAGUUUCGGCAGGCGAACAGUUAAGGGCAGGGGGAGGAGGAGGAGGAGGAAGAGGAGGAGGCGGGCUCCCAGUGCUCCCAGUGCUCCCAGUUCCCCGCAGCCCGGGGCACGGCUGGAAGCCUGGGGGGCACAGCGAUUAUCGCUGAUAUUCCCGGCCGAUAUUCCCGGCCGAUAUUCCCGGCCGAUCCCAGCCCUGGCAGCCUCGGCAGGAGUUCUGUGGAAGGCAGAGCUGCGGAAUUGCUGCGGGAUAAAGGCGGGAGCCCCGCGGGGAUGCGAGCGGGGCCGGCAAUGGUUAACCCGGCUCGGGACAGGGGACUCCGCUGAAGGACAGUGAGACCCUGCCUCUGGCUUUAUCUUUAUUUUUAUUUUUAUUAUGCUGCCGUCUCCUGGCUCGUUCUGGACGAGUGACAUCCCUGUCCUCCUGCUUUCUGCACAGCAUCCAAAGGUUGGCGCGGACUUGACUUGCUGCAGCUUUUUGUUCACAUGGAUGGAACGCUCCCAUCAAGGUUGUUUAUCCAGUAAAUGGAUCCCUGAGGAGCUCAAAGGCAAAAAUAUUCUCCUGGGAGCUGAUUUCCUCCUGUUUUUCUUUGAGCUGCUGAAAGAACAUCCCAGGAAAAUGGACGAGCCUUCCACCUAACACGCAGCUCUCCUUGCUGGAAUGCUCAGUGGAAAAGAGGCACCAUUCCAGCAUGAAAUCCACUGCAUACCAGAAUUUUGAUACCAAGUGCUUCAAGGAUAAAGGCUUCAUGUCAUUGCUGUGGGAUUCAGGACUGCUGCACUCUCAUUCUUCUGACUGUUCAGCAAGGUAAAGAUGAUCUGAAUGUUUAAUUGGACUAUGGUAAGAAGACAGGAUCUGGAAGUAAAAGAUGAACCCACUUCAUGGAAAGAAAUCAAGAUUUUUAGUGUGUGUUGCUGUCUGCAUGUUCAUCUACACCUUCAUUUACCUAAAGGUUCCACUUUAUGACGAGUCAAAUGACCAAAAAUUCCCUGUCAGAGAAGCAGAGUGUGGUUUUUACCCAGAUGAACUUUGCUCAGCUCUUUUUGUGGGGAAACCUGCAGCCUUGAAAAUUGGCAACUUUUGUCAGAGGUCCUACCAGCCCAAAGCACUCAGCUGCAUUCACACUCCCUGCAGCUGCCCCACACUCCUGGAGACUCUGCAUUUUAUCACUAAACCACUGUCAGAGGAAGAAGGAAACUUCUCCUUGGCGUACAUUAUUACGAUUCACAAGGAGCUGGAAAUGUUUGUGAGGCUGCUGAGAGCUGUUUAUAUGCCUCAGAAUAUUUACUGCAUCCACAUUGAUGAGAAGUCACCCAGAGAUUAUAAAACUGCUGUACAGAACCUCGUUAACUGCUUCGAAAAUAUUUUUAUUUCCUCAAAAAGAGAACACGUUGUUUAUGCGGGGUUUUCAAGAUUACAAGCUGACAUUAAUUGCAUGAGAGACCUCGUUAACUCCAAAGUUCAGUGGAAUUACGUUAUUAAUCUGUGCGGUCAAGAUUACCCGCUGAAAACAAAUAAAGAAAUCAUACAAUAUUUAAAAAGCAAGUGGAAUGGUAAAAACAUCACUCCUGGGAUCCUGCAGCCCCUCCACGUGAAGCACAGGACAGAGGUCAGCUACAGGGAGUACCUGCACUCCAGGGUGCCCUACGUGUACCCAGCUAAGGUCAGGAAGGCUCGGCCCCCACACAACCUCACCAUCUACUUUGGCAGCGCCUACUACAUCCUCACCAAGGCCUUUGUGCACUUCACUCUGAGUGAUCCCCGGGCAAAAGCGCUGCUGGAGUGGUCCAGGGACACCUACAGCCCUGAUGAGCACUACUGGGUCACCCUCAAUCGCCUGCCUGAUGCUCCAGGGGCUACACCCAAUGCAGGCUGGCAAGGAGACCUGAGAGCCAUUAAAUGGAAAGAUCAAGAAGGAGUCUCACACAAAGGCUGCAAAGGUCACUACAUCCGAGACAUCUGCGUGUACGGCCUGGGGGACCUGCAGUGGAUCAUUGAGUCCCCACAUCUGUUUGCCAACAAGUUCGAGGCGGGGCGGGACCCGCUGGCGCUGGAGUGCCUGGAGAGGCGGCUGCGGCUGCGGGCGCUGCGCCAGGCCAGCGCGCCCCUGCAGCAGCACUGGCGCCUGCAGCAGCGCAGCCCCUUCGACGUGCAGCUGGAGGGGUGAGCCCAGCACUGCUCUGCAGGGCUGCAGCAGGAAAAAAUGACAUUUACAGCACAGGCUGCGCUCGGUGCCUCCAGGGUGAAGCACAACGCUCCCUAAAGGAAAGGGGUUUGUUUAUUCCGUGAAUUCCCAAAGAAUGUCUGAAUCUCUGCUGAAGACGAGGGGGGAGUUCAUAAUCCAUUAAGUGACUUCUUUAGUCAAUAUUCCUCCUGUUCACAGCCAAAGCACGGCUAACUGGCGUGAAAACAAUCAAAUGGAAGCAGUGACUGAACGAAGAUAAAAUACGGAGAAAUAACAAAUUAAAGUCAUGGCCACUGAAUGGCUCAUGAAAUGUUUUGGAUAAUGAACUUGAUGCUAAAAUUUCAGAGCUUGUACAUAAGUGACAGCCAGUUUGUGACACAGCCCAUGCCACUGGGGGGGUGUGGUUUGUUUUUAUUUCCCAUGGCCAGCUGCAUCCCUAAUUUCAUUUUGUAGCAUGGCAACAUCACUGCUGCCCUUCCCAGGCUUUGCUCCUAAUAACAGAAGGAUCCUGCAAUACAUGUUCAUCUCCAGGUCUCUGUGCUGAGUCUCUGCAGGAGUUUAGGGCAAGGAGACAGUGGAAAUUUGAGGCCAGGGAUUACAGGAAAAUGGAGCAAAAAGCCAUUUUUCAAACGUUUUUCCAUCCCAGUGUACCUGACUGAGAGAAGUGAAGAGCUUGCAGCAAGUGCAGUGACACCUGGCAGGGACCAGGACAACUCACUGCAUUAAAAACUGUAAAUUAUAAAUAAUAAAUAAAUGAAUUUCAAAAGGAGCUAUUUCAGUGUAAUCUUCAUCACGCACCCAAAACAUCCCUCAGUUCUUACAAGCAAACUGGCUACAGAUUGAGCCUAUUCCCAAAAAAAAAUCAAA